AUCUCUGAUAAACCUGUCUCAGUAGAAUAAAGCCCAAAAUUAAGACUACGCGUUUCAUAUUCUCGGCCCAUAAGCUUUUUCACUUUCGCGCCGUUCCAAAAUCUUUUGAUUUUUGAUCGACUUUGGGAAACAUAAAAAAGAAGAAAAAGAAAAUCCUCAGUCGUUGGGCUAAAUCAGAAUGAUACAGAGAGGAUAACACUUAAGCAAGCGCCCAUCCGAUUAAUUAGUUCAUCGGCUGAAGAAAUGUCGACGUGGAGGUUAUUUCGCGAUUCAAGCGGCGAUUGUUUCCGAUGGGAAGUCGCAGGCCGGAUUCUCCAAUCCGACUCAGAAGAUUCUGCUCUUGAAACCACAGCUCCUCUACCAUCUAUGAACGAUCUCUUGCUCCAAGGAUGGUCGAAGCUUACGCAGGGGGAUGAAGCGAUGUUCAGGACUGGGCUGGGGAAUUCUGCCAAAUCUGUUUUAGCAGAUGAACAUCAUCAUCAACCAGAUCUGUACAACACAGGAUGCUCCAAUCUCCAAGUGGAUUCAGCUUCAACUUUCCCUAUGUUCAGGACCGCCUCAGGGCAUUCUGUCCCAUUCAAAGACUCUUCCAUUGCCAAAGCUCUUUCUAUUCUUGGGGCUAGCUCAGACAACGUUCCUCUCAGGGAGAGUGGGGUUGGUGAUCCCAACUCUUUUUUCCAGACUGCUUCUAACAAGAAGGUUAUUGUAUCUUCUGCCGCUCUGUCAAGAGCCAACGCAUUGUUAGGGCUAGAAGAUGAUGCUUUUGAUGGAUUUAACCACUUGAAGCCGUCCAAUUCUUCCCACCAGAAACGUGGGUGCUCUGAGUUUAAAACUCAUCCUACAGGAGGGCUCCACCAUCAUUCAGAAACUCCAGGACAAUACGAGGGUCAUGUAUCUCGGAAGAUAUCACAAAAUUUAUAUCCACCUGCAAUGCUGCCUCCAACAAAUUUUCAGACUGCUGGUGGGAAAACGUUGUCAGUGUCAGCCCAGGCAUUGAAACGUGCCAGAAACCUUCUCGGAGACCCUGACUCAGGGACUUUCUUUGAUGAUGUAGCGGCAGGUGAUCAGUUUGCUACACCACAGAAAGUUCAAAGGUUAGAUGAUAUGGAUGCUAUAAACAGUAGAAACGCCAACACUGGUUAUAAAGGAAAGACAAGCAACAAGCAUUCGGCAACUAGUUUUGUAUCUCCUCUUCGGUCAUCUUCAAAGCAAUUCACAUCAGUCAAACUGGAGGAUCUAGCUUCAGGGGGUUAUUUGAUCAAGAAAUUCGAUGCGGCUGUUGAUGAGACAGACUGUGCUCUGAAUAUCACUAAACUUGCUACAAAUGGACUAUUAAAUAACAUGCCUUUAGCAUCAAAUAUGGCAGUGAAUAAUGCCAAGGCAAACGGUUUCACUCCAAUAGCUAAACAAUUUGGCCAGCCACUUGUUGAUAUAACAAAUCGCUGCGAUACAGCUUAUGCAAACAAUAAACAAGACAAUACCCAAAAGAAAAGACUGGGAAAGACAAUCUUCGUUUCUCCUUUUAAAAGGCCAAGGAAUUCCUCCUUUAAGACUCCUUUAAAGAAAAAUGCUCAGCAUGCUUUAAGUGGUUUGUCUAUCGUAUCUUCUGAUACACUUAAUUCCAAAAAGGUGCUUUCUACAAGAUAUCCAGACAGGUCUCCAAGAGUAUAUAUCAAGGAUUAUUUUCGAAUGCAUCCAACAGUUACAAUUAAGAUGAACUAUGUGCCAGACCAUGUCAGAAGAAUCAAAUCAAGUAAUGCAGAUAAAUAUGUAUUCUGUGAUAAGUCUUCCUCAAAUAUGGUUGGGGCUGAAACUUUUUUCCAAAUGUUGGCUGAGUCUGGUGCUUCCCUACAACAAGCAUCUAGAAAGUGGGUCAUUAAUCACUACAGAUGGAUCGUCUGGAAACUUGCAUGCUACGAGACAUGCUACCCAGUUAUAUGCAGAGGAAAUUUUCUGACUAUCACCAAUGUUCUUGAAGAACUGAAAUACAGAUAUGAUCGAGAAGUCAAUCAUGGUCACUGCUCUGCAAUCAAGAGGAUUCUGAGUGGUGACGCUCCAGCUUCUUCAAUGAUGGUGCUCUACAUAUCAGCUAUAAAUCCAAAGACGGAUAACGAUUCUCAGGAAGCACUUGGUUCUGGAUAUGGCAGCAAUGUGAAAGUAGAGCUCAGUGAUGGGUGGUACUCCAUGAAUGCUGCCCUGGAUGUUAACCUGACAAAGCAGCUGAAUGCUGGAAAAUUGUUUGUUGGACAGAAGCUUCGAAUCCUUGGGGCAGGACUUUCUGGCUGGGCUACACCAACAUCACCUCUUGAGGCAGGGAUUUCAAAUACGAUUUGUUUGCUGUUGAAUAUUAAUGGGACGUACAGAGCUCACUGGGCAGACCGACUAGGAUUCUGUAAAGAAGUAUGUGUUCCUCUGGCCUUCAACUGUAUCAAGGGCAAUGGGGGUCCAGUGCCUAAAACGUUAGCUGGAAUCACACGAAUAUACCCUAUCCUGUACAAGGAAAGGUUAGGUGAAAAGAAGUCAAUUGUUCGAUCAGAGAGAAUGGAAAGUAGAAUGAUCCAGCUGCAUAACCAGAGGCGCUCAGAUCUUGUUGAGGGUCUUAUGUGUGAGUACGAGAGAGCAGUAAAUGGUGUCCACAGCCAGAACGACACUGACAGUGAGGAAGGAGCCAAGGUCUUUAAGCUGUUAAAGACUGCUUCUGAACCUGAACUCCUAAUGGCAGAAAUGAGUCUGGAGCAGUUGACAUCUUUCACUACAUAUAAAUCAAAAUUUGAGAUGGAAAAUUCAGUGGCAAAAGCUCUGGAAGACGCUGGCUUAGGUGAAAGGGAUGUCACGCCAUUCAUGAGGAUUAGGCUUGUUGGACUGACGAGCUUAAGUUAUGAAGGAAAACAUAAUCCAAAAGAAGGCAUAGUAACAAUCUGGAAUCCAACGGAGAGACAGAGAACCGAGUUGACAGAGGGGAAAAUAUACGUAGUGAAAGGGCUAGUACCAAUGAUAUCAGAUUCAGAAACACUUUACUUACAUGCCAGAGGGUCUAGCUCAAGAUGGGAGCCUUUGUCUCCAAAAGCUUCUUCAAGUUUUCAGCCCUUUUUCAAACCCCGUAAACCCAUUUCUUUGACCGAUUUUGGUGGAAUUCCUCUUUCAAGUGAAUUUGAUAUCGCUGCGUACGUUGUAUAUGUUGGAAAUGUAUACACGGAUGUUGAGCAAAAGAAGCAGUGGGUGUUUGUGACAGAUGGAUCUACUCAACACUCACGUUCAGGGGAAAUCUCAAACAGUCUUCUUGCUAUAAGCUUCAGUACCCCAUCCAAGGAUGACUUGCCCACUCCCCACAUCAGCCAAAGUCUUGUCGGAUCAGUGGUAGGAUUUUGCAACCUAAUAAAAAGAGCAAAGGAUGCGAAAAACGAUAUGUGGGUGGGAGAGGCAACAGAGAACUCAGUGUAUUCCAUAAACGCAGAAGCUUCUUACUCCUCUCACCUCAAAACCAGCAGUUCCCAUAUCCAAACAUGGGCUAAGCUCUCUUCUUUCAACUCAGUGAUCCAUAAACUUAGGCAGAGAGUUCUAUUUAUAAUCGGUGCGUCUACAUGCUCAAGGUGAAUAAUUACACGCAUCUCUUUCUUCUCUCCACAAUUUUCUUGUUCAUAAGUCUUAAGUUGUCUAACGCUGAUGCUUAAUUGCUUAUUCUACAUGCUCAAGGUGAAUAAUUACACGCAUCUCUUUCUUCUCUCUACAAAAUUUUCUUGCUCAUAAGUCUAAAGUUGUCUAACGCUAAUGCUUUUACUUAUUUUGGCAAUUAGUAACCCAUCUUUGCUUUAGUGUUACAUGUAGCCAAAUUAUCACAGAUAUUUGAUUUUUGCAUAUUGUCAAAACACAAUGUAUACUCUGAAGCUUGACUGCUACAAAUUACAUAAUCCGGAAGCGAAAGAUUGUGUGUUUUAGAAAACGAAAACACAUCACUAAGACCAAAAAAAAAAAAGAAUAGCUCGCAAGGGGAGGAAUUUGUAAUGAUCACAAAAAAUGGAAAAGCAAUUGAUUCCAGACAUCAGGAACACCAGGUACACACCAAUGAAUGCAAUCCGAAUAAGACGCAGGAUUUUUCAACCUGUCAUCGUUCAGAGGUUCCCAGAAUUUCCGGUAGACAGAGGGAUGACCAUCUUUACGAUACUCAGACAACUGUGUGAUGUUGAUGACUGAGACCUUUGGUCCCAAUCUCCUCAACACUCUUUCCACCAUCCUCAUUGUGGGAAUAUCAGACCCACUACCCCAGUAACUCUCUUCCUCUAUUGGCUUCUUCUCCCCGUAGCAGUUUCCCUCGCUUCCUGGGUUCCACUCUCGGCUCCUGUGGUGAUCCGGUUAACAACAACCAGGGUGAGUAAAAUUUUGUUUUGGUAAGAGAGUACGUAUAUAUAUUAGGAUACUGAUUGCUGUACCAUUGAUGUGUAGGAGACAUUGUAACGAAGAAGACCCGCUUAGUGUUUGGAUCGACAUUCUUGGAAAUCCAAUGAGCCCACGCAUUCAUUGCCAUUUCCAUUCCCUCCGCGCCACUCACCUCCUCGCACGAUCCUUUUUCUUCGCUGCUCCAUCUUAAGUUCGAAUAUACGCAUUAUGAGUUCAAGUGCCCAAAACCUAUGAAGAAGAAAAUGUUGUCUACAUACAUAUACACUACUUACUGGAUCUUGACAGGGCCUUGCCUCCACCACAAGUAUGUGUUGAAGAUUAAGAUAUCAGCAUGUUGCCACUUUGAUGCAUGUUUGAGAACUGAAUCUGGUCGGAUAAUCCGUUCAUCCAGCCUGUGAUUGACCGGGUCAUCAGAGUUGGAUUCCACGAGCAAUGGAGCCCACAGAAAUUCCACCGUGGCAUUGUAAUCCUGCAGAGUGAUCAAUCAAUACCAUAACCGACAUAUUACAGUUUGAAGUGUGUUUAUUAUAAAAGGUAGUUGUUAUAUUACCUCAGCCCUGAAGAUGGUGAGGUGAGCGUUAGGAGACAUGGAUUGCUUGUCACGCGGGAUAACAGACUGUAAGAGACAGACCAUAGAGAUCCAUUGACCUCUGUUUAAAGAAUCUCCAACAAACAUCAAUCUCUUUCCCCUCAGCAUCUCCCACAUCUCGGUCACAUUCCACCUAACCACCAAAACCAAAUUAGCAGAAAAAGUAGGAUUAAUAGUACAAGUAGUAGGUAGUUGGGUUACGUCUUCAAGUUGCAGGGGGGAUGAGGUUGCCAUCUCCAGUGUUGAUACUCUAAAUCAGGCCUGCCAUGCUUCUGACAAGCUAGCUGGUCAGACAUGUAAGGACAGUCAGAUUCUUUGUGUAGUGGGUAGGAAGAAGAAUUAUCGAAGAUCCAUUUUCCAGAGAAGACAUCGCAAAUGUUGUCCUCCUUUGCAGUGGCAAAAAAGUCAGAUACUUGAGCAGCCUUAUGGUCAACCCAUCCUAUCUUCUUGCCACUGUAUUCAUUCGUGGAGUUGCAUCGGCUGAAUCUAUCCAAAACCUCUGCCAUUAUUAUUAUUGAACAGAAUCGGGCAAAUCCGUAAGUUGAUACGAUUAAACAAACACAGAAUGAAUUAGAAAGUAGGAAUCAGAAUGAUGAGAUGAGUUAAAAGAGUACCGAGAUCACUGGGAGGAGGAAGAUUGGGAUGGACGAAAGAAGUAAAGGUGGAAGUUUGUCGGAGAUCUUGCUCGCGAGUAGUAGUAUUGUGGUGGAUCUGCUGGAUGCUACGCUCGUUGUAGAGAACCAUAAACGUGACGGCGAGUGCGAGCAUGAAGAGUAGUCCAGCUAGUGGAAGCCGACUCUUCUUCCUGCUCCAUCUCUGAGACAUCUCACUACACGAAGAAGAA